AUGUCCCUGAGGCUUGUCCUGGGGAAUCAAGGUCCCAACAAGGACAUUGGCGGUGGAUACAGAUUCCGCUCCAAGGGGAAAACAGUUUUUAUUACUUCUGGAAAUGGGCAGUAUAACGCGCAGUGUGACUUGCCUGACGGAAAUAAUCCGGCUUCGUGCGAUUUGACAAUACGGUGUAUAAUGGCCGUUCCUGCUCACUCCACACCACGUCCCCCUGCACUCCACCCACCUUCACCAAGAAAAGAAUCAACUCCAACACUGAUCCAUCGCAUUUUAUCAAUCAACAUACCGCUUCGCAUGACCGAACUGGACUUCGAGAGUCAGCUCCUCGCAAAGGUCAAGAUAGCGUGA